AUGUACCAUCACGCUAGUUCCCCAAUCCACCUACCUCUUCUUCUCCUCGCCCUCAAAUUCAUAAGUUCCGCCUACUGUAGCCCAGAACAAUAUGCUUUCAUUCCUACGAACCCGAAAGAUGCUAGGCCGGAAAUCCCUGACGUCGACUAUGAGACCGACACCUUUGGGGACCGGAUGAGAGCCGAUAGAGAAAAAUGGAUAGACAAAAAGAUAUUCGCAAUAUUAGAUAAACCCGAGUUAUUCAAUACGGAGGAUAUGAUUCCUUUCGGAAUAGACGGGGAGAAAAAAGGGUUGUUCGUCGCCUGGAACGUCGACCCGACCUCGAAGGCCUACUCCGUAAGCGCACUUACAAAUACCAGGAAAUGGGUUCAAUGGUUCGUAAAAGAAUAUAAAAUCCCCCAAAAGAAAGCAUUCCCGGCCUUCAUACACUGGCGGUUUCUCCCGAUCACAAAACUACACCCAAACACGCCGGACACCAGGUUUAAAACGGAUUAUCCUCGCGAACAGCAGUAUUUUGUGGUAAAUGAGCACCUUGCAUGGUCGCAGGACCCGGUGGUUAUAAACGGUAUGAGGCUUUUGACAAGUACGAAGUAUGGGAUGGGAGCAAGUGAGUUCGGGGAUGGGGAUAUUAGUAUGCUGAAUAUGAAACAUUCUAAGAAUUUGAAGUACUUGCGCCGCGUGAUAAUAACUCGAUCGCAAGAAAGCGCACAAUGGGGCGAACUAACUUUCAUACCGGAUUCAGCUCUAGACCUUGGUGCAGAGCCUGGGAGAUGGGUCUUAUUCGAUGAAGCUGAGAACGAGGAAGCGAGGAACGGUAAAGGUGGUGGAGUGUUACCAACUUCUUUGGUGGACUCGACGUAUCAAGGGCUUUCGAACGCAAAUUUGACGAUUCUGACGAAAUUCCCGCCUGAAGACCAGGUCAUUGUUAAUGUGUGCGGUGCGCUGGAAUACAAAGAAGGUAUAGACUUUUCUAAAUCUGACGUUGGAGCAUUUCAUAUAUUGUUGUCGAAAGAAAAACCGAUGCCAGAACGCACUAUCACCAUGGAUGAGAGCCUUCCAAUAAUUGAAGUCUGCUCGACAGCGACAUUGAUGACAAAGAUUUGGCCGUUUUAA